GAGGAGGAGGAGGAGGAGUGGGCGUGUCCCAACUAUCUUACCUGUGCGAGACUCUUACCUGCGCGGCUGCGAUAGAAAGGCGCUUAAAAGUGCCGUUUUUUUCGUUUUAUCCCCCACAACGGGAUUCCUAAUUAGGCGGAAAAAGGGCGGAACUUCCCCCAAAGCUGCUUUAGUCCCCCACUCAACGUGGACGCCGGCCAGCAUCUCACCUGCACGCACGCCCCGCGCCAUGGACUGCAGCCUGGGGAAGGUUCCACGGGUUCCACGGGAGCUCGGCGCAGCAGGAGAGAGUCGCCGCCAUGCGUGUGCGUGGAAGGGUUAGUUAGCAGGUUAGUGAGCGAGUGAUCCCGCAGUGCAUGGCCCACGCACGGAGUGGCGACGACCAUGCACAAGCCCCUCCGGACCUGCACCCUGUACCGCGUGUUCCUGUGCGUGGGCAUCCUCUACCUCAGACUCGGGGCCCUGUCCUCCGUGGUGGCUCUGGGCGCCAACAUCAUCUGCAACAAGAUUCCCGGGCUGGCACCACGUCAGCGAGCCAUCUGCCAGAGUCGCCCGGACGCCAUCAUUGUUGUGGGCGAAGGCGCCCAGAUGGGCAUCAAUGAGUGUCAGUAUCAGUUCCGCUACGGACGCUGGAACUGUUCGGCGCUGGGGGAAAGGACGGUCUUCGGUCAGGAGCUUCGUGUAGGCAGCCGGGAGGCGGCGUUCACCUACGCCAUCACGGCGGCGGGCGUGGCCCAUGCCAUCACGGCGGCGUGCAGCCAGGGCAACCUGAGCCAGUGCGGCUGCGACCGGGAGAAGCAGGGCUACUACAACCAGGAGGAGGGCUGGAAGUGGGGCGGCUGCUCCGCCGACCUCAAGUACGGCAUCGAGUUCUCCCGCCGCUUCGUCGACGCCCGGGAGAUCAGGAAGACGCCGCGCCGCCUGAUGAACCUGCACAACAACGAGGCGGGGAGGAAGGUCCUGGAAGAAAGGAUGAAGCUGGAGUGCAAGUGCCACGGCGUGUCGGGCUCCUGCACCACCAAGACGUGCUGGACGACGCUCCCCAAGUUCCGGGAGAUCGGGUACGUCCUGAAGGACAAGUACAAGGAGGCGGUGCACGUGGAGGUGGUGCGGGCCAGCCGCCUGCGCCAGCCCACCCACCUGAAGGUGAAGCAGACUCAGGGCUACCGCAAGCCCAUGGACACGGACCUCGUUUUCAUCGAGAGGUCGCCCAACUACUGCGAGGAGGACGCGGCCACGGGCAGCGUGGGCACGCGGGGCCGCCUCUGCAACCGCACCUCGCCGCACACGGACGGCUGCGACCUGAUGUGCUGUGGGCGGGGCUACAACACGCACCAGUAUACCAAAGUCUGGCAGUGCAACUGUAAGUUCCAGUGGUGCUGCUUCGUCAAGUGCAACACCUGCAGCGAGCGGACGGAGGUCUUCACCUGCAAGUAGGACACCAGGAGGAGGAGGAGGAGGGGCCACCUUUCUGGGCCCCGCUAAGAACCGGCCUCGGCUCCUCACUGCACCGUUUUGCACACCACAAUCUGAAACAAACACCGGUCGGAGAUACCCCCACACACCCCCACCCCACCAACAGGACGCGAGGAUGUACGCGGUGGCGUCACGGGACAUUAAUUACAAACCCCGUUUCCAUAUGAGUUAGGAAAUUGCGUUAGAUGUAAAUAUAAACGGAAUACAAUGAUUUGCAAAUCAUUUUCAACCCAUAUUGAGUUGAAUGCACUACAAAGACAAGAUAUUUGAUGUUCAAACUCAUACACUUUAUUUUUUUUUGCAAAUAAUAAUUUACCCGGAAUUUCAUGGCUGAACACGUGCCAAAGUAGUUGGGAAAGGGCAUGUUCACCACUGUGUUACAUGACCUUUUCUUUUAACAACACUCAAUAAACGUUUGGGAACUGAGAAAACUAAUUGUUGAAGCUUUGAAAGUGGAAUUCUUUCCCCAUUCUUGUUUUAUGUAGAGCUUCAGUCGUUCAACAGUCCGAUGUCUCCGCUGUCGUAUUUUACGCUUCAUAAUGCGCCACACAUUUUCGAUGGGAGACAGGUCUGGACUGAAAGCGGGCCAGGAAAGUACCCCCACUCUUUUUUUACGAAGCCACGCUGUUGUAACACGUGAUAAAUGUGGCCUGGCAUUGUCUUGCUGAAAUAAGCAGGGGCGUCCAUGAAAAAGAUGGCGCUUAGAUGGCAGCAUAUCUUGUUCCAAAACCUUUCAGCAUUAAUGGUGCCUUCACAGAUGUGUAAGUUACCCAUGCCUUUGGCACUGACACACCCCCAUACCAUCACAGAUGCUGGCUUUUGAACUUUGCAUACAUAAAAGUCUGGAUGGUUCACUUCCCCUUUGGUCCGGAUGACACAAUGUCAAAUAUUUCCAAAAACAAUUCAAAAUGUGGACUCGUCAGACCACAGAACACUUUUCCACUUUGCAUCAGUCCAUCUUAGAUGAUCUCUGGCCAAGAGAAGCCGGCGGCGUUUCUGGAUGUUGUUGAUAAAUGGCUUUCGCUUUGCAUAGUAGAGCUUUAACUUGCACUUACAGAUGUAGGAACGAACUGUAUUUAGUGACAGUGGUUUUCUGAAGUGUUCCUGAGCCCAUGUGGUGAUAUCCUUUAGAGAUUGAUGUCGGUUUUUGAUACAGUGCCGUCUGAGGGAUCGAAGGUCACGGUCAUUCAAUGUUGGUUUCCGGCCAUGCUGCUUACGUGGAAUGAUUUCUCCAGAUUUUCUGAACCUUUUGAUGAUAUUAUGGACCGUAUAUGUUGAAAUCCCUAAAUUUCUUGCAAUUGCACUUUGAGAAACGUUGUUCUUAAACUGUUUGACUAUUUGCUCACGCAGUUGUGGACAAAGGGGUGUACCUCGCCCCAUCCUUUCUUGUGAAAGACUGAGCAUUUUUUGGGAAGCUGCUUUUAUACCCAAUCAAGCCACCCACCUGUUCCCAAUUAGCCUACACACCUGUGGGAUGUUCCAAAUAAGCGUUUGAUGAGCAUUCCUCAACUUUUUCAGUAUUUAUUUAUUGCCACCUUUCCCAACUUCUUUGUCACGUUUUGCUGGCAUCAAAUUCUGAAGUUAAUGAUUAUUUGGAAAAAAAAUUAAAAAUUAUCAGUUUGAACAUCAAAUAUGUUGUCUUUGUAGCAUACUCAACUGAAUAUGGGUUGAAAAGGAUUUGCGAAUCAUUGUAUUUUGUUUAUAAUUACAUCUAACACAAGUUCCUAACUCAUAUGGAAACGGGGUUUGUAAGAAAAAAAACGGCGCAGGACUCUGCACGUAGGACUCGGCACGUAGGACUCGGCACGUAGGACUCGAACGUUCUCUGCAAGGUGGACCAAAAAACUCUUGUUGCUGCCAACUGGAACACGGUGGAGUUAAAGUUAGUCUUCCAGUCACACUGGAACUUAUCUGUUGUGAACACUGAAAAAUAAAAUGUUUAUUUAUGUAAUAGUAUCUUUAAAAAAAAACAAAAAACAAAGCACUAACGGGUAGAGAUGUCUUUUUUUUUUUUUUUUCUCGUACUAAGUGUAAGGAAAGUACUUUAGGAACUCUGACUGAAGCUGUUUGGUCUCAAGGCUGCGUUCACACCCGCCCGGGCGUCCAACACACUGGUCUUUUUUGUCAUGGCAGGAAAAAGCCUUCUCAGAUGUGGAUUUUCUUGUUUUGUUUUGUCAGAGUUACAAAUUUAGCCCUAUUAUGUAAUAUAAAAAUGUCCACUGCAGAGGACAUGUAAGAAAAAAUGUUGUUAUAAGUACAGUUCAUUUAUUUAAAGCACACUGAUGCACACAACAUGUUGGCCCCAAAACAGAUCCACACCACAAAACAAUUAAAAUAGAUUAAGCAUUUUAGCAUUUUAGAAGAUUAUCAUGAAAUCGAAGAAGGUAAAUAUAAGAGAAUAUAAAAAAAACCUGAUUAUUCAAACCCAGCAGAUUCACAAACUCAAUUGGUUCUUCAACAGAGUUCGUAAACAGAGAAGUUUGUUUAUUGAACAUAAAUAAUGGGCCUCCAGCCUCGAAAAAAGUGCCUAUUUUACGAACAAUUUAUUCAUUUCCAACACAAUAUCAAGUCCCAUAAACUGUUCAUCAAACAAAUAUAACAAGUUGGAUCAAAUUUUCUGUUUAAUAAGAAACGACAACAACAACUAACUGCCGACACGCACACAGAGUCACUAGCCAUGUGGUGCACUCAGUUUAAAAUGACAAAAGUCCUUAAUUUUAACAACCAGCUCACUACACGGAUUGCGAAUGAGAAAGAAAUGGCUUUUACUGUGUUGGUUAAUCUACUUGGCUUGCGGAGGAAAAAAAGGGUGAUGAAAAAAAGGCAAUGUCGAUGACGCUGUAGAUACUUGGCGAAUAUUUCCAACUUGCUUCGGACUCAUGUUGAGCGAACAAAACUAGAAAAAAAUGCUAUUAAAAGGCUAAAAACAAAAAACAUUUAAAACACACACAAAGUAGCAAUUAGCACAGAUGCUAACUGUGCUAACUAAAUGGGCGGCGACGAUCGAUUAGCUCCGCCCACAAUGGCGGUGCUGCUAGGCAAAAAAUAGACGAACAAAAAGGUCCUAAAAUUCAAUAAUCCAAUCAUGGCAGCGAUUUAACUUAAAAUGUGAAACUAAUAAAUGACAUAAAGUCAUCAUCUGUUACUUAACGUUCACGCUUUACAGUUUUUGAAAACCCAAAAUGUCCUGAGAUUUUCAAUUUGAGCUUUUUUUUCCAAGCUCUAAACCAUAAUCAUCAAAAAAUGCCUCGAAAUAUCUUGAGUUGCAUGUUUUGAGCCAAUGUCACAUAUUAAUCUCAUCUCAUUACUGGAAUAAAUCAACUUGUACACGAUAUUUUAGUUCUAUAAAUGUUUUGUUUUAAGUACAUUUCAUUUAUUUAAAGUACAUUGAUGCACACGACAACACGUUGGAUGCGGCGUCAUUACAGCUCUAAAACAGAUCCACACGACAAAACAAUACAUUAAAAAUAGAUCAGGCAUUUUAGAAGAUGUUAAUGAAAUCUAAGAUGGUAAACAUAAGAGAAUAUAAAAAUAAACUUGAGUUUUCAACCCAGCAGAUUAUACAAUUCACAAACUUAAUUUCGUAAAUAGAGAAGUUUAUUUAUUGAGCAUGAAUAAUGGGCCCCAGCCUCGACAAAAGUCCCUAUUUUAAGAACAUUUUCUUCACUUUCAACACAAAAACAAACAUAAGUUGGAUCAAAUUUUCAGUUUAAUAACAAACGACAACAACAACUAGCUGCCGACACGCACACAGAGUCACUAGCCAUGUGGUGCACUCAGUUUAAAAUGACAAAAGUCCUUAAUUUUAACAACCAGCUCACUACACGGAUUGCAAAUGAGAAAGGAAUGGCUUUUACUGUGUUGGUUAAUCUACUUGGCGUGCGGACGAAAAAAAGGGUGAGGCGGCUAGGAGGCAGUGUCGACGACGCUGUAGACACUUCUCGAAUAUUUCCAACUUUUUCGGACUCAUGUUGAGCAAACAAAACUAGAAAAAAAUGCUAUUAAAAGGCUAAAAACAAAAAACAUUUAAAACACACACAAAGUAGCAAUUAGCACAGAUGCUAACUGUGCUAACUAAAUGGGCGGCGACGAUCGAUUGGCCCCGCCCACAAUGGCGGUGCUGCUAGGCAAAAAAUAGACGAACGAAAAGGUCCUAAAAUUCAAUAAUCCAUUCAUGGCAGCGAUUUAACUUAAAAUGUGAAACUAAUAAAUGACAUAAAGUCAUCAUCUGUUACUUAACAUUCACGCUUUACAGUUUUUGACGACCCAAAAUGUCCUGAGAUUUUCAAUUUGAGCUUUUUUUUCCAAGCUCUAGACCAUAAUCAUCAAAAAAAAUGCCUCGAAAUAUCUUGAGUUGCAUGAUUGGAGCCGAUGUCACCUAUUAGUCUCAUCUCAUUACUGGAAUAAAUCAACUUGUACAUGAUAUUUUACUUUUAUAAAUGUUUAGCUGGCAAAAAAGACCCCAAAAAACAGAAAUGUCCACUGCUGCUAGUUCUCAGGAGGAAACAUCCUAAAAGUUGUCCGAUUGAGUCACGUAAUAAGUCUUUGCCUUAUGUGCAGUUUGCAGUAGGAAGGGUCACGGUUUACCCGACACAUGAAACGUGACAUAUUUAGCAGGGGUCACCAACCUUUUUGAAACCAAGAGCUACUUCUUGGGUACUGAUUCAUGUGAAGGGCUACCAGUUUGAUACACUCUUAAAUAAAUUGCCAGAAAUAGCCAAUUUGCUCAAUUUACCUUUAAUAAAUAAAUCUAUACAUAUAUUAAAAGAAUGGGUAUUUCUGUUUGUCAUUCUGUCGUGCAUUUUUUUUCCUUUUACGGAAUAUUUUUUGUAGAGAAUAAAUGAUGAAAAAAAAACACUUAAUUGAACGGUUUAAAAGAGGUGAAAACAGGAAAAACAUUAAAAUUAAAUUUUGAAACAUAGUUUAUCUUCAAUUUCAACUCUUUAAAAUUCUAAAUUCAACUGAAAAAAAGAAGAGAAACACAAGCUAAUUCUAAUGUUUUUGAAAAAAAUUUAAAAAAUAGUUUAUGGAACAUUAUUAGUACAUUUUCCUGAUUAAGAUUAAUUUUAGAAUUUUGAUGACAUGUUUUAAAUGGGUUAAAAUCCAAUCUGCAUUUUGUUAGAAUAUAUAACAAAUUGGACUAAGCUAUUUCUAACAAAGACAAAUCAUUAUUUCUUCUAGAUUUUCCAGAACAAAAAUUUUAAAAUAAAUUCAAAAGACUUUGAAAUAGGAUUUACAUUUGAUUCUAAAGAUUUUCUAGAUUUGCAAGAAUAUUUUUUUAAUUUCAAUCAUAAUUAGUUUGAAGAAAUAUUUCACAAAUAUUCUGUGUCGAAAAAACAGAAGCUAAAAUGAAGAAUUAAAUUAAAAUGUAUUUAUUAUUCUUUACAUAAAAAAAUAAAUUUACUUGAACAUUGAUUUAAAUUGUCAGGACAGAAAAGGAAGGAAUUUAAAAGGUAAAACGGUAUGUGUUUAAAAAUCCUAAAAUCAGUUUUAAGGUUGUAUUUUUUCUUUAAAAUUGUCUUUCUGAAAGUUAUAAGAAGCAAAGUAAAAUAAUUUAUUUAAACAAGUGAAGACCAAGUCUUUAAAAUAUUUUCUUGGAUUUUCAAAUUCUAUUUGAGUUUUGUCUCUCUUAAAAUUAAAAAAGUCGAGCAAAGCAAGACCAGCUUGCUAGUGAAUAAAUACAAUUGAAAAAAAUUGAGGCAGCUCACUGGUAAGUGCUGCUAUUUGAGCUAUUUUUAGAACAGGCCAGCAGGCGACUUAUCUGGUCCUUACGGGCGACCUGCGUUGGUGACCCCUGCGGUAAAAUAUUAAAUCACUUAAAAUGUGCUUUGUGGCAAUUUUAACUUUAACCACGGCAUCGGUUGCUAUGUCGAGUGGCGCUUUUCCAUCAUUUUCAGCAGACUGCAUUGCAAAAUGAUUAACCCCUUCCUUACUUAAUGCGUGUUCGUUACUGCCCAGCCUUUGGUCACAUGACAAAAACACCAGUCUAAAGUGUGUACUGGGUAUUGUUUUUUUCUAAUUUUGGGUCCGGAUCUCCGGUGUGAGCGCCGCCUAAGAAGCCCCGCCCACCUCAUCUUCUCUCUUGCAAAUGUCACAAUCCAACACUUUGGCUCUGUUUAACUGUUUUGGGUUGUUGUUGUUUUUUUUGUCGGUCCGCUGUCUUUCACAGGCGGCGACGUGGUUCCGGAUGUUUCCGCAGCAGGAAUGUUUCAUUGUUCUUUGGAGUGCUGCACUGAUACUUUUGUCUCGUCAGUCGUGCUAAAUAAAAGUCCCCCUUUGGAAAGUA